AUGGACAGAGCGGCGCAACUAAGAGGGAGCUCCAUAAAUACUCAGCAGCAGCCAGCGCAAGAGAAACACGAGGAAGACGAUGAACAAGAGGCACGAGGAGGAGGGAAAGAGCAAUCCUCCGCAGGGCUCUGCUCGCAUCACGAGGAGGACGCAGAGGCGGAGCGGCAGCAACAGCAUCCUCAGGAAGUCGAAGAAGGAGCCGAAGAGACCCCAACAAAAGAGAGGCUGCCUUCUUGCACUAUUCCGCUGGCGUGCAUGCCUCGCGGAUUAGAACCACUGACCGUUGUGGACAGUGGAGGAAGGAUAAAUCCUGCACCUCCUGCUACGAGGCUAGCAGCAGCCAAGGGCGGCUCAUUUUCCAGCCAAACUCCGAAAGGCUGCCUGUGCACCGUUGCUGUCGGGACGGAUGGCAGCCCUAGCACAAUCCAACACACACAACCCCCCCAUCAGCACUUCGUUUCAAGUAGCACCCCUUCCAAUCUAAUGAGCAAGAGCUUUCUGGGGAACAGUUUGGUGUAUCCGCUGAUGCCUUCGCUCACAACGUACGCCCUCAGAGGACCCUCCGAAAAACCCCCGGCUUCUGGAGUGCUGCCCAAGGCGACAGCCUCUGAGGGUGGCCAAAAACCCCAGAGAGUUGCCCAAACACCCACUGUAGGCUCCACCCCACAGCUACCGAAGCAGGAGGCAGAACGGCAGCACUGGCAGAAGCCAGCGGGGCGGAGUGCUUCGCUCUAUACACGGAUGCUGGAGGAAAGGAGGCUUGUUGUUGCCCAGCAGACGCCGGCAAGUGCAGCUGGGCCCGUAGGUGCAAGCAGCGCCGCAAAGAGUUUCUGCCACCGCUGUUCAGCGAGUCCAUCACAUGCCUCCCCUCUGGCCCCAGCAGUCUCGCAACGCCAACAUCAAGAGCCGAACGCACACCAGCGGACCGGCUGCAGCGUCCCUCUCUCUCAGCCGUUGACUGUGCUUGAGGCAGAAGCUUUUGCUGUAGCGCCAGCAGCAGCCUAUGCGCCUUCUGGAGAUGCUGCCCAUGCGGAAAGUUGCUCCCCCUUUGCCCGACCAAAAAGCCUUCUAGAUAUGCCACAAUCUCCCCAAAGGCGCCAUUGCCCGGCUAAUGCAACAGGAUUUGUAGCAUACACAGCAGCACUAGCAGCAAAAACAACGCGCUUCUCGCUUGUGACCUUGCCAGAAAACCAUCCCAAAACGUCGUCCUGGUGGAGAAAGCGUCCAGCAACAGCGGCUCGCUUGGCGGUUCCUUACGACCCCCCCGAAACUCGAGCAGCGGCGAUUGCGAUGAGCACCGCAGCAGCUUUACGGCUAUCCAGUUCUGGUCGACGAAGUACUUUGAGCAAGUGUUACACGUCAGUCAACCUUGCUGCCAUUGAUGCUGCCAUUGCUGCCUCUAUAUUAGGCCUGCUUUGCGCCACGCUUGACCUUACUGCUGUAGCCGUCACCCUUGCUGCGGCGCUCUCUGUGUCCGUUGCAUUCGUUUCCUGCAGGCCUCGCGGCAGGCAUGCGGGUCAGCUCGAUCACGGAGUCAAUAGCGCCACGGUUGCAGUUUUUCCGCUCUUGCCGCAAAACCCCCUAGUGCCCUGCCGGCACUGCGAAGAGUGCCUUCCUCGAGGGGCCCCUGGAGAGGCCCGCGGAGGGGCCCUCAGAGGAUAUUGCGGAGGAAGCGGCGGAGAACCCGCCACCGACUUCCUGAGUCAAACUUUGAAGGCGAGCGCCCUCUGCAGGCGGAGGGACUUUUCUCGUGAGGCCGUUUUUCACGCAAUUUUCACACAAGGCCGAAGCCCCACGGGGCCCUUCGCAGGGGAACCCCUGGAGGGUUAUUACCCGUCAUGGCCUUGUGCAGGGAUGCGUGUACAGUUCUGCCACCCUGCAGCUUGCGGCGACUCCAAAGCUUCUUCAGGCGAAAAAGCAUCCAGGGCCCCGAGGCGGCCUCGUUGCCAAUGCGCUUCACCUACGAGGCAGCCGCACAGAGCGGAGGGACCCCCCGUAGGGACUUGCGGCGGCGCUACAGAGCAUGUAUCCUCCUCGGGAAGUGCGCAUCUGGAAGCCUCGGCCGAAGCCUCCGCAACGCUGCACGUGCACCCUGCGAGCGAGGCCCCUGCUGCAUCCUUCGCGACCGUCGCGCCGCCCUCUUCGUUUGCUUAUAGGAAAGCGACGGAGGAGGAAAUUCUGCGCACUCUCCCAAAGCCGACGCCUUUGAGCGGCCCCAAGGGGGGCGCCGGGCAGACUGCCAGCACACGGCCAGCGUCGCCGUCGGGAGCUCAGGAAGAGGAGGCUGAGGCCUUUGGGAGCGAAGCAGAAGAAGAUUUCGACAGCGACGGCGCGUUCAUAGAGGUUUCAGAGGGCCCCUACAGUAUCGAACGUGCUAAUACUGCCAGCGACAAUGGCGGUGUCGAUGCCACAGCGAGCACCACUGGCCAUCACGGCACCAAAGCACGCGCUAGCUUCUUAGAAUCGAUGCCAGGAUUCGAUACAUAUGAGGUAGAAGAAAGUGAUUCUUUGGAAGGACCCGAUUAUGAAGCCAACGUGGGUGGAUCGGGUAUGUUGCUCGGCACUGGAGUGGGUGCUGGCGGCCCCAGGGGGCUCAUUGUGGGACAUAACGAGAAACGCAUUUUUUCGUUGGCGCCCUCUGGAGUGGUGGGAGAUGUGUCGAACUGUCACGUGGAUCACAAGGGCUACACGCGCAUUCAAGUUGGGGUGGUGGUCUCUUGGAAGGACUCGCAAUUGCCGCAGCCAUUUGUUUUUGGUACCUUUGGUCCAGAAGCGGGCAGGGGGAGCUCACGCUUUUCGGAGAAAGGCGAAUACGAAGCGGAGGGCGACGCCGCGUUAGAAGACUGGGGAGGUGAUGGUCAAGGCGGAUUUGUUGAGAUCGCAUCUGCGUCCGGUGAUGGUGGAGGUGGUGGUGGGAGGACGAGGGGGAACCGUAGUGUUCUUGCUGCAGCUCUUCCUCCCUCUGUGGGUGCUCUGGCGAGUGAAUCUGAUGAGAAUACGCGUCUAGUGGCUGAAGGAGCUGCAGACAGGACGCCUUCGUACCUUGCAUCCUUCUCGCAGCUUAGUGUUGGCUUCAUUAAGCGUUUUUUUAAAAAAGGAGAUGAUGAUUUUGCAGACGAUGAGGGAGGCGAUGGUGGGGACGACGAGGGGGAAGGCAGGAAGCGAGGCGGAUUUUUCAAAAAGUUUUUGAGGCGUAAGAGCAGGGACGCGCAAGACGACUAUGAAGGAAACGGAGAAGAAGGUGAAGGCGACAUGUAUGAAAAUGAGAGGGGUUUCGGCUCCAGAAGAGGGGGGCGAUCGAAGCGUCGAGGAAUGAAGAAGUUUGGAAAGAAGAUAAAGAGCAUUGCGAAGGCCUCUGAAGCGCUUCUGGCGGGCAGCGGUACUGGGGGUGCUAGCAGUGCGAGUGUUGAGAUGUCUUUUGAUUUCUCGUCUCCAGCAGCCCCCAAGUGUGGCGUGCCUGCCGUGUGGAAAGGCCGUUUGCGGUUGUCUUCCUUGGUUAGGGUCUCCUUCAAUGUGCGUGUGCUUCUGGCCGAGGUGGAGGGCGCGUUUGCAGAUUUCGUUUCCAGCGCCGUAGCGCUCGAAAUCCGGUGCAAGGAGAGACGAGGCUGCACGCUGGAAGACUCUCUGAUAUCUUGUGUACAGGUUUCCUGCCCGAAGCGGCGCGAACUCAAGGCGAGCUUGAAAGGGCACCUCGACGCCCAUGCGCAGGCAGCAAAUGAGCAGCUACAAAAAGUAGCAGAGGUCCUUAAACGUGGAGGAGGAGCUGAUCAUCUCGGAUCCAAAGACAGAGAACAAAUUGCAAAGGCAUACGCCGAGAGGAUCCGGCAGCAACAGGAAAGCAAGCUUCAGCAGGAGCGGCAGCAGCAACAGCAGAUACUGCAACAGAUACACCUUCACCAGCGGCUGGCCAUGCAGCGACAGCAGCAGCUCCUGCUACAGCGGCAACAGCAACAACCCCAGAGACCAGGGGCUCCACAAACUGUUUACAACCAAGAGGAAGAACCACCACAGGAAGAGGACGAGCAGCCACUUGAGUCACCCAAAGAAGAACCCCCUCCAAAAAAGCGAGCCAAAGUCACACUUGUGCUCGCAGGAGGCGUAUCCGAAUUCUAUGCAUCUUGCUUUAAUCCUUGGAUUGUAGCUUAUUUGCGCUUUCUGGCUCCUCCCGCCAGGCAUGGAGGUGUGGCAUGCCGGGAGUCCAGUCCUGCAACGGCUCCUCAUCGUUACAUGGGUGCUUAUUUAGGGUCGUGUUGCGAUUGCUACCUCACGGCAGUCCGCAGAAUAAGGCACAGGAGGCGGAUAGAGAGUGCCGCGAAGGAAGAUUCGGAAGCAGGAAAAGGACUAGGGGACGCUGCUUUCGAAAGUCCAACGGGCGACAAAGGGCCAGCUGGUGGAGGAAUACGGGUUUGGGGGUCUGUACCGAUGUUGCGCUCCCUCAGUAGUCGCAUCUCGCAGAGGGUUUGGAGUACUGUCCACUUUAGGGUAGGAGGCAGGGGCCAAGUGAGAACAAACAAGGGUUUCAAACCACAGGCUUUUGACUCCUUGGGAGAUGCGCUCUUCUUCGCCAGGUGGUCGAAGCAUCUCCGAGCUGCAACAGUUGGGAAUUUCGUGAAGGCGAAUGUAUCUCCGCAGGCGGCAACUGGCAUUCCGAACGGGGCGGUUUUUGUUCGGCAGAUCGAGUCAGGGGAGGUCACCCCCUCUCUAGAGUGCCAACGACAGUUAGAGAAGAUCCUUGGAGUUCCCGUCACUCCUCCGAAACGCAAGCGCCGAGCAAAGCUUUAA